AUGAGCUGUAAACAGGACGCUCGCCCACAAUGGAGCAGUUUGCGUCGAACAUGGAAGAGUCUUGAAAAUGUCAACAAAGUAGUAAUGGAAAUUCAAGAAAGAAGCAACGCGCGUGGAAACAGAAAUUGUAGAAAAAGAGCAAAAUCAGAAAGUGAAGAUCCGAGUGUCAUGAAACAAGGUGAAAAAAGAGAUUUAGAGGCCAUUUGUCACGCUGUUAAGAAACUCAGUGAGGCGUUCGGACGAGUGGACCGUUACGGUCCUGAGGUGCCAUGCAUUCGACCAGUGCGCGAACUUUGCGGUAAGAUAAGGCCCCAGCUUAACAACGAACACGGCAUGUUUAACAGAACAUUACAGCGCCUCUGUGACUCCAGUGUAUCAGGACAUGAGAAAAUCACGGACUGCGCCAAAAAUCUACAAAAUCUUGUCAAUUCCAUUGCGAGUGACGAAAGUGAUUACAUUGCUAGAAUAGAGGACAUCACGCAAUGUCUUGGAGAGCUGAUAGGAACACUAGAGACUGUCUUAUACUUGGAAUACCGGGAAAUAUAACCGGAUAAUUCUACUUAUCUCAGACUUUGAUAAAACAGUCAGUACAGCGUCUAUUUGUCCCCACAAUUAAAACUGAUUAAUUGUAAAUUCGUAGGUCAGUUGUGGGUCAAUAACUUAGAUGAAAACUGCAGGGCCGGUUUACUAUCGUUUCAGUUAAUUUUUGAUUUUCAUUUAAGUGCCUUGUGGAAGUGCCAGCUAAGCUUAGUUUAUUCCCAAUUAACUGUUAGAUGCAUAGAUGACUAUCUUCGGUUGAGAUUGUUUGUUUACUGUGCGGUACCACCUGUUCAUUCACAGUCACCUGCAGUGACGUAUUUGACAACUAGGAUGAGUGCCUUCAGUCACUGCAGAAAUAUUUGACUUCAACAGUACAACUGAAACUACAGCCUACUUUUGAUAGAGCAGUAAAGAUCAGCGACCUAGACUCUUGUUUUGCGGCAAAAUCAAUCUGAAAAAUUGUGGUUUUUCAUAGGCAAUUCAAAAAUAAAGCUAACUGUAUCUUUCUGUCAACCGAAAAGAUUUAAAAAUCCCUCUACUAACGCAUUGUCAUGAUAGCAAAAUUAUCAUUUACAUUUUUCGA